CGUGAUUUUCAAACUAUCUAAAAAAAGCUAGCCAAAGGCAUCACUGUAAAAAGGCGGCAAAACCCAUUCUCCCAGAAAGCUCAGAUCUCCAAAAUGACCACAAUGGUCAACUACGACACACCAUCGCCAUUUUCGGAUUCGGACUCCGACUCCGAUUCCGAAAACUUCCACGUCGGAUCUGAUCUCUCAAAUUCCAUUUUCAAAACCUACCUCGAAUUUUCCUCUUCUUCUUCGAUCACAGCCGUCGAUCUCUCCAAGAUCCAAUCCUUCCUAACUUCCUCUUCUUCCGGCGCUCUAUCAUGCCUCAUAUGCCUCGAACGAAUUCGCCCCUCGGAUCCCACCUGGUCCUGCUCUUCCCUCUGCUUCGCUCUCUUCCACCUCCUCUGCAUCCAAUCGUGGGCCCGCCAAUCCUCCGACCUCUCCGCUGCGCGCGCCGCCGCACGUCUCCCAAUCACCGCCGAAACCGCUGCCAAGCAAGCCACCUGGAACUGCCCCAAAUGCCGCUCCUCCUACUCCAAAUCGCAGAUCCCUAGAUCUUACCUUUGCUUCUGCGGUAAGCUUCAAGAUCCUCCUUCUGACAACCCCUGGAUCCUCCCUCACUCUUGCGGCGAAAUCUGUAACCGCCCGUUGCCCAAUAAUUGCGGUCACUUUUGCCUCCUUUUAUGCCACCCUGGACCCUGCCCGUCCUGCCCGAAAUCCAUCAAAACCCGUUGCUUUUGCGGCUCCUUCGAGGAUUUUCGCCGUUGCGGUUUCAAAAACUUUUCCUGUAACAGACAUUGCAACAAACGUUUAGAUUGUAACAAACAUAACUGUUUAGAGAUCUGUCAUCUAGGCACGUGCCCUCCUUGCCGUGCUCGUGACGUUUACCGUUGCCGAUGUGGUAAAAAGGAGGAGGAAAAAGAAUGUUGUGACAGGGAUUUUCGCUGCGAAAAUGAGUGUAAAAAGUUACUUAAUUGUGAAAAACAUGUUUGUGAAAGAGGAUGUCAUGCAGGAGAUUGUGGGGAGUGUCCGUUGCAAGGAAAACGGACAUGUCCAUGUGGGAAAAGAGUUUAUGAAGGGAUGCCCUGUGAUGGGACAGCUCCUGUUUGCGGUGCAACAUGUAAUAAGUUGUUGAAUUGUGGUUUCCAUAGGUGUCCUGAGAGGUGUCAUAAGGGACCUUGUGUGGAGACAUGUAGGAUUGUGGUUAAGAAAUCGUGCCGGUGUGGAGGAUUGAAGAAAGAGGUUCCUUGCUAUCAAGAUUUGUCAUGUGAGAGGAAGUGUUUGAGAAUGAGGGAUUGUGGACGCCAUGCUUGUAAGCGUCGAUGUUGUGAUGGAAAUUGCCCGCCUUGUUCGGAGGUUUGUGAUAAGAGGCUUCGGUGCAAGAACCACAAAUGCCCUGCCCCUUGUCAUCGAGGUGCUUGUGCUCCCUGUCCGGUUAUGGUGACAAUUUCAUGUGCAUGUGGUGAGACACACUUUGAGGUUCCUUGUGGUACUGAGAUCAAUCAAAAGCCUCCCAAAUGUCGUAAAUUAUGCAAGAUAACUCCCUUGUGCAGGCAUGCAUCAAACUGCAAGCCACACAGAUGCCAUUAUGGAGCUUGCCCCCAAUGUUGGUUGCUUUGUGAAGAAGAAUAUCCAUGUGGUCAUAAGUGCAACUUAAGGUGUCAUGGGCCAAGACCUCCUCCAAAUCCAGAAUUCACAUUGAAACCCAAGAAAAAGAAAUCAAAUCAUCAUACUGCGUACACUCCUGGCAUCCCUUGCCCUCCCUGCCCAGAAAUUGUUUGGAGACCAUGUGUUGGCCAGCACAUAGGAGCAGAGAGGAUGAUGGUUUGCUCAGAUAGAGCACGAUUUUCUUGUGAUAAUUUAUGUGGAAAUCUUCUUCCUUGUGGCAAUCAUUAUUGUACGAAGACUUGCCAUCCCCUGGAGAUCCAGUCUUCAUUGUCAGAACAUCGUAAAGGAAGCGAGUCUUGUGAAGAGUGUAAUCUCCCUUGCCAGAAGGAGAGGAUGCCCAUAUGUCCACACCCCUGUCCCCUACCAUGUCAUCCUGCAGAAUGCCCUCCUUGCAAAGUGCUGCUGAAACGGUCAUGUCACUGCAGUGCAAUGGUCCAUGCAUUUGAGUGCAUCUAUUAUAACAAUUUAUCUGAAAAGGAUCAAGUGGCUGUUCGCUCAUGUGGAGGGCCUUGCCAUAGAAAGUUGCCCAACUGUACACAUCUAUGCCCUGAAAUAUGCCAUGCUGGUCGAUGCCCUGCCCCUGACAAGUGCUGCAAAAGGGUUACUGUUCGUUGUAAAUGCCAAACCUUGAAGAAGGAAUGGAUAUGCCAAGAUGUUCAGGCAGCAUAUUGUGACAUUGGGUAUGAUCCCAAAGAUAUAUCAAAGAAUCAGUUUGGACUUGGACUUCUGCCUUGCAAUUCAGAUUGUAAGAGCAAGGUACAGGAGGUUGAUUCUGCUCUACAAUUGCGUAAGCCUAAGGUUUUGGAGAAAAAGGAGCCAGAAAAUGAAAAGCAUGUGUCAAAGCGCAGAAAAAGGCGUGAUCGGAUUCAGGAGGGCAAGCAAGUCUCAAAACCGCAAAAACUUGUGGGCACCUUGAAGCGGCUGCUUUUGUUUAUCAUCAUAGUAGCAGCUCUGAUUGCAGUAACAUAUUAUGGUUACAAAGGUCUCUUGAGACUCUCCGAUUGGAUGAAUGAAGUUGAAGUGCAACGAGCAAAAAGAAGACAUCAACGCAUCUGAUCUUUCUCGGAAUUCUUCUCAUUUGAAUUUUUGUUGCGUAAACUGAACAUAUAAUUGAUAUUUUGGUUUCUGGCAAAACAUUCUCUUUUGUCGUGUAGGUUACAACACGGUCACUCACUAAACUUUGGGGAGUGAUUGAAAUUUUGGAAUUUUGUUUUAAUGUCCCAUUUGUAAUACUACUCAAGCUCAUUAUUAAUGCAAUAAAAAAGUUGCCCAUAAAUUUGAAUGAAGGCCAGCUAUAAUAGUUGGUGCAAAAUGUAGCUGAAUUAGAAAUUUUAAUUCAAUAUUUCUAAAAAUAUCGAGGUUUUCUGAUGGAAUUUCAAAACAGAAUGAGAAAGAGUUAAAGGUAUUUGUGACAUUCUCUAAUAGUGCUAGAAUGGCUAUUGACUGUUGGGCUUAAACUGAUGUUUGUUUCUGAGGGACUUCACCUGUUGCAAAGGUGAUUUGACUGGUCUCCUACAUUGCCGGUUCUCUGUUUAUUCUGCCGCAAUUGCAGGACCUACCAACCACAUUAAAAAGGUGGGCUUAA